ACUUGAUCAGUUACUUACGUGUCAGCAACAUUGUUUUUAUUUGUGUUUAUUAAAUUUAGUAGCUGUUGAAUUAAACACAAAUGGUGGACGAUAGCACUAGAAAGACGCUUAGCAGCAUACCUCUGCUGCAAAUGCGAGCCGGACCACGCGAGAAGGAUGUGUGGGUACAACGACUAAAGGAAGAAUAUCAAGCACUCAUUAAGUAUGUAGAGAACAACAAGGCAUCUGGAAGCGACUGGUUUCGAUUGGAGUCUAACAAGGAGGGCACCAAGUGGUUUGGCAAAUGCUGGUACAUGCAUAAUCUUCUUAAAUAUGAAUUCGAUGUGGAGUUCGACAUUCCAGUGACAUACCCAACGACAGCACCAGAGAUAGCGCUACCCGAACUGGAUGGCAAAACGGCCAAGAUGUAUCGCGGUGGCAAGAUCUGUUUAACAGAUCAUUUUAAGCCAUUGUGGGCGCGAAAUGUGCCCAAGUUUGGCAUAGCGCAUGCCAUGGCGCUCGGACUGGCACCCUGGCUGGCUGUAGAGGUGCCCGAUCUUAUAGAGAAAGGCAUUAUAACAUACAAGGAUAAUUGUUGAGUAGCUAAAUUGAACAAAUUGAAAUAAAUUUUUAUAUAAAAUGCAA